CUCGCCCGGGGAGCGGCAGAGAAAUGCGACCGCGAUGCUCCCCUCCUGCUCCCUCCCUGCCCUAACCCUAGCCCUAGCCAACCCGCCACCCGCUCCCCGGCUUCGCCGCGUCUUCGCCGCGCCGCCCGCCGCGGUCUACAAGCCCCCGCCCCCGCGGCAGCCCUCCCGCCGCCGCGUCGUCGCCGCCUACAAGCCCCCGCCGCGGCAGCCCUACCGCCGCCGCCCCGCCCCCGCCCCGCGCCCGUCCAAUGUUCCCCCGCCCGGCCCCGGGGGACAUGAGGCGGACGAGGAGGAGCUGGAGGCGGCGAUCUUCGACUUCAUGCGCAGCUCCAGCAAGCCCGGCGCCUUCCCCACCCGCGCCGAGCUCCUCGCCGCGGGCCGCGCCGACCUCGCCGCCGCCGUCCAGUCCUGCGGCGGCUGGCUCUCCCUCGGCUGGUCCGCUGGCGACGCGCGGCCGGCGGCGGCGGCCUCGUCGCCCGGACUCGGCGUGCACCCCGACUACCCGCCCCUAGCGCCAGACGCCGAGGCCGUGGCCGCCGCCGCGGCGGCUCCUGGGAGGGACGAGGAAGCAUCGCCCUCUGGGACACCACUAGAGACGGAGGAGACGCCGGAGGCUGGGUCUGGGGCAGGCCUGGAGGGGAUGCUCACCAGGCUGCAGAGGGACAGGGAGCGUGCACGCCCGCUGCCGCGACAGAGCAAAAACAAAGCGGGAGGGCGAGGUGUAAAUGGCGCUUUAAUAAACCAUAAUGGAGCUCCUAGUCACAUUAUGACUGGUGGCAUGCCUCCAAGGAUACCUGAGAACGGAAAUAUACAUAGCUCUCAUUCUCAAAAGGGAUUACUAGACGACAAGAAAUCAGGGAGUUCUGCUAAUAAUGCAUGGCGAAGAUGGUCACUUGACAAGAGUGGGUUUAGUGAUUUUCAAGCUGCUGAGAUCCAUCCUUCUGAGGGCAGAAGUUUACCGAAACGUGCUGACCUCGACACUGCAUUGGUAAAAGAUGAUGUUCCUGGACCAUCUAAUGGUGUGGCUACAAGUGAUUUUCCUAGUGACCAUGUAGGGUCUGAAAGAGAUGAGAUACAUGCCCGUCUUCAGAAUUUGGAAGUGGAUCUUACUGAUGCUCUUAAGACACUAAGAUCAAGAUUCGACAGUGUUUUGACAGACAUGUCAAAUGGUGAUGGAACAAAUGUGCUGAAUGGGCUUUCUGAUGAUUGGGAAUUUGAAGAGACAAAGGUAAUGCAUGCCCAGGAAGAACUACGGUCAAUCCGUGCCAAAAUAGCAGUACUAGAAGGCAAGAUGGCACUUGAAAUAAUUGAAAGGAACAAAAUAAUUGAAGAGAAGCAAAUGAGGCUUGAUGAAGUUGAGAAGGCUUUGAGUGAGCUCCGCACAGUUUGUAUUGUGUGGCCCAAUCCUGCUUCAGAAGUUCUAUUGACCGGUUCUUUUGAUGGGUGGACAAGUCAAAGAAGAAUGGAAAGAUCAGAGAGAGGCAUUUUUUCCUUAAACCUGAGGUUGUAUCCUGGUAGAUAUGAGAUUAAAUUUAUUGUUGAUGGUGUGUGGAAGAAUGACCCGCUGCGCCCUACUCUGAACAACCAUGGGCAUGAAAACAACCUUCUGAUGGUCACUUGACUUGAAGAUGCAUCCUUGUAGCGAUUUUGUAGUUUAUAGAUUGUUGUCAACAUGAUUGGUGCCAACUGAUUAGAUCGCUUCCUCCUUGUGUAGCUAAUCAGCUUUGCCGUCCUGUUGUUUCUUAUUAAUUUUUAGAGAGAGAGCAAUGUAGGGUCAGGGUGCUAUCUUCACCCCGUUGAGAUGGGAGAAGAAUAUAGCUGUGUAUUCUUUUUUUUAACCCUCUUUUCUCCCUGGAGAAGCAUACCGGUGCACUGGAUGCCCCUGUGGUGGUGAUGGUGGGUAGUCCACAUUCAUUGUGUGUAUCAAUGUACAUAUGUUGUGAUAAAGUUGUCCUGGUUAGUUUGUCAA